AUGUUUCUCCUGCAGUUCCUCAGUGGCUUUUUCAUAGCACUGAUCAAAGAUGAGGACAAAAAGAAGCUGAAAGCAGAUACAUAUGACAUCUCCAUGCUUAAGCGGGGAGAUCUCUUGGAGGUUUCCCGAACGUUCUUCACACAUUUUGGGGUCUAUCUGGGCAACAACCGUGUGGCUCACCUCAUUCCUGACAUCCUGCCCAUUUUCUCAGCUGAUGAAAGUGCCAUCUCCAAGAUGGUGACCAACAACCGGCUGAUUCUGGGCGUGAUCGCGAAAAAGGCCAGCAUUCGUGUGGACUCUGUGGAGGACUUUGCGUAUGGAGCUGAGAUUCUGGUGAACAGCAUGGACAGGGUUUGCAGUCUCCCACCGCUCCCAGGUGAAGAAGUGGCCAGGAGAGCGGAGAAGCUGAUGGGAUCCCUGGACUACAGUCUGCUGUGGUUCAACUGUGAACAUUACGUCAUGUUCUGCAGAUAUGGAACCAGCAUGAGCUUUCAGACUUACCAGUUCUGUAAAAGUGUCAGGAAGAUGGUGCUCAGCAGGACCAGCUCGUUCCUGAGUCUUGUUUUGUGUGUGUUGAUUAUGGUGUAUUUGGGCAGUGUGUCAGUGUGUACAGUGUUAACCAUGCUGGCCAUUCCCUUCACCAUAUGGAUGGCAUCAUGA